ACGGAGAUACUAAUACAAUACCACUUACUCGACAGUACGACGAUUUGACAUACAGUGAGUGGCAUUCCACACCGGAUCCGCGUAUAUUCUUUAUAUACGCGUUGUGUGUAUAUAUAUAUACAUAAAACCCGCAUAUGCACACCCUCCCGUCGCCGGUCUGCUCCUUCCGGUCCCAUGAUGGCCCACGAUUAGACAUACCUCGACCAAAGCUGACACUCACCGGCUUUUUCUUUGUGGUCACCGUCUCUACUCAUUCGUACUAUACUCCUACAGUACGUGGGGAUCUUUUCCAACUUCUCUUGACCCUAUUUACUGUAUUACUAUACACAUAUACAUAUUCGUCCAAGAGAGCGGGGUUGAUCAGGCAGCGACAGCCGCACCCGUGCAUCUCUUGCCAUACAAGGACAGACAGAUAAACAACAUUCUCCCAACUGCAUACAAAGUCACAACAGCCCUCUCACGGCUUCCUUUUUAUUUUUGCCCCCCCUCCCAUAUAUAAUAAUAUAAUUCACACCGCUUUGCUCGAGAGCUUCAAAAAUCAUUUAUCUAGCAGACUCGUCUGCAGUCAAGGGAUAGAACAAAAUUCCUUCACAGGAGGAGGCACUGCUCCACAAACAAACAAACCCCUCCUCGAGUAUACCCACGAGCGAGCGACCGACCAGGAAGCUGCAUCGCCUUUUGUGCGAUCUACAAUCCACGACGACCCUUUGUCCCCACCCCUCACCACCCAAAGUCCUGCCCAACCUGCAGCCCUACGAGACACCCCAAACACCCGCACGACCCCAACCCACGCACCGCCGCCGCCGGCGCUGCAUAAAGCCAUGAGCGACCGCCGCCUGCCGCGGCCUCACUCGCCCGCCAUGUACAACCCAGCGCGGGCCUCCGCCCCCAGCAUUAAUUACGGCAAAUACAACGACUUACACGACCUCUCCGCGCCGAUGCCACGUCCCGCCGACCGCGGCGCCCCGCCGCCCGUCGUCACGCACUACAAGGCCGUGCCGCCUGAGAUCCCACGGUCCGAUCCGCGCGAGGGCGGCCACAGUCGCCGCGCCACCCUAGACUCGAAUCCGCGCCCCAUCAUCGUCACGGCCGACGCGCUAUACCCGGCAGCUCAGGGCGGCGGCGGACCCGCGAGUCCGGUGCGCGAUAACUACCGCUCGAGCCAGGAGAACGACGUGUAUACGAUUCCGUCGUCAUCGACGAGGCGGGGGGACUACCGACGAGGGCAGUACAACGUGUCGGUGGACAAUGCGGAUAUAAGCGACAGCCUGGACAGGGAGAGUGGAAAGGAACGACUCAUGCGUGUUGGCAGCGGGAGGGAGGGAGCGAUAUACCCCCGCUCCCGCCCGAUUCACUCAGACACCUUGGUGCGCGUCCCGAACAACGUGGCGGAUUACGGCGACAACGGUUACGGCUACACGAACCCCAGAGAUCUGGUCCAGUACGACCUGGACCUCGACCGAGCCCCGCGGCGCCGCCCACGCCGCGAAAGCUACGAGGCUUCGCGCUCGAGUCGCCCCUCUAGCAUCUCGAGCUACGGUGAUAUCACACGCUCCUACGAGCCCCGAGAGCGCGAGCGCGGUCCCCCGCCCUCCACGCGCGGCUUCGAUAAGAUUCCCCCACCUCGCGGCCCCAUCUACGAUGCCGGGGGGGUGCACAUGCCGAUGCCUCACGAGCACCUCUCGUCCUUCGGCGCCCCCUACGCGUCUGACUCCCAGGAGCGACGGGGCUCGACUCGCCGCCCUGUUUCUGUGCACAACGAGGAGCCGGAGAGGAGGAAGUACGCCGCGGACGCGUAUGAGAUGUCUGAAGGUGAGAUGAGGGAUCGGCGCCCGAGACGCACGGAUGAGGGGAUUGAGAUGAGGGGGUUUGGGAUUCGGGCUGAGGUGCCGCCUGUGCCGCCGGCGCCGGCGCCGGUGCCGGAGCAGGUGGAACGGAGUGAGAAACAUGAGUAUGAGAAGGGCGAGAGAAGGGGACGACGGGAGAAGGAUGAGGAGCCGGUCGAUUUGGGCGGCCGUGAUCAUGGCGAGCGCAGGAGGGAGAGGGAUAGUGACGAGGAGCGCCGACGACGCCGCGAGAAGGAGGAUGAGCCGGUAGACUUACCCAGCCGUGACCAUGGGGAUCGUAGAAGAGAGAGGGACAGUGACGAGGAGCGCCGACGUCGCCGCGAGGUGAAGGAGGAGGACCCCGUCGUCGACCUAACUGGCCGCGACCCCGUCGAGCGACUACCUCCCCGACCCGAAAAGGUCCCUCGCGACGACUCUGACGUAGAGUCUCGCAGGCGUCGAGAGAAGGAGAAACCUCACCGCGAGGAUACCGAUAAAGACUACCGCCGCCGCGACGAAAAAGAGUCCACCUCCGACGACCAACCCCCCCCAAUCGUCGAUAUCAACGGCCGCAACCCCGUCGAAAAGCCCGUCUACAAAGAAGACCUUACUCACCGCGAACCCGUCAUCGAAGUCCCCGAGCGACGCAAACUCCACCACCACUCCCCCUCCCCCCCCAGCUCGCGCCACGACUCCCGCGCCUCACCCCCUUCCAUCGACACCUUCACGCCGCGCUCCCGCAAGGACAGGAUCCGCACUGACGACUCCAAUGUCUCCUCCCCUACAACUUUCAACGCUAAAGACGCGAUGGAUCUGCGGGCGUUGCGCGAGGCUCUGAAUAGCAAAGACCAAGACCCCUCCCCACCACCCAUCCCGCCCAAAGAACCCCUUCGCGACAACGACCGCGAGCGUGACCGCCCAUCCCGCGAAUCCACCGACCCCCCCCCCCGCGACAGCGCCCGGACCAGAGACAGCGCCACCUCGUCCCGUGAAUCCACCGAUCUGCCCCCCCGCGACCCUCCCCGCCCCCAAACAAGCGAACGCUUCGACCCCCGCGACCCCCGCGACCUGGCCAGCAUCCGGGCAGAACUAAGCCACGCCCCCGCCCCCUCCGCACUGCGCGAACGCCGCACCAGCUCCUCGCACAGCACGGAGCGCCGCACCCCCCCCCGCCUCGUGUCACCCCCGCGCGCAUCAUCUGGGAAAGCCGAGGACGCGCGGCCGGUGAAAGGGAUUCUCAAGCCCGGGCGGCCGAAGUGGCCUGAGGACCCGACGCCGAUACGGGAGGGCGUCGCGCCGCUGAAGGAUGCGAAGCGCGAUGCGGGGGUGCCGGCGGAUGCGAGGUGGACGAAGAUUAGUCGGAAGCUUGUGAAUCCGGAGGCGUUGGAGAGGGGGAGGGAGAGGUAUGAGGCGAGGGAGGAGUUUGUGAUUGUGCUGAGGGUGUUGAGUAAGGAGGAGGUGCAGAGAUAUGCGACGGAGACGCAGAGUAUUAGGGCUGCCCGCGAAGCCGAAGACGAAGAUCGCAAUGCGCGCCGUCGGCGCAGGAAAGAGCGCCAUGAACGGCAUAGACGCGAACGCUAUCACCGCGAGGACCGCGAUAAGGGGGAAGACUAUGAUUAUGAGCGCCGUAGACAUAGGAGGGAGAGGGAGAGGGAGCAUGAGAGUCAUUCGGAGAGCGAUACUAGUGAGGAUGAGAGGGUUAGUAGGAGGAGGGAUUGAGGGGGGGGAUACGUUAUGCGUUGUGAUUCGUGACGCGUGAUAUGUUCUGAUUGAUUUGUUUAUUUGGGUGGGUUUUGUUACGUUGGGGGUGGCGGGCAGUUUGCUUGUUUGCGUGGAUGAAAGCGAAACUGGAGCGAUGAAUGCGAUAGAAGGGGGUGGGGGUUGAAAGCAUGUUUGGAGCUGGAUAUAGGAUAUAGGAAUAGGAUACAGGAUAUACGUUACAC